GCAGAUUCUUAAAAAACAUCGCAAUUAGGUGUAAAAACUAUGCGUGUGUCUAGUGGGAGGGGGAGCUGGUGAUUACUCAAAAAAAAUGAAAGUAAACACUUUUAUUUUGUUCUGGCUUCUUAACUUUGGUGUUACCUUUGGAAUAAGAAAGCAUAAGACAUCAAAGAGGCUUUUGAGAAGGAGGUUUCACCAUCAAGGAUGGCAACAAGUUGGCUAUGUAAAUCGCAACUCAGUUGGACUAUUCAAACCAAGACAUUCACAUGUUGUAGCCAAGAUUCCAAACAUUAAUGCUGAUGAAAGUACUUUGCCCUUCUUCGACUCAUAUAUAAAUGUUGGUGAAAUGGAACCUAGCUACCAUGUACUACCAGGCAGACAAGGAUACUGCAAAGCCAACGGGAUGAUCAUGUAUCACAAUGCAGUCUGGUCUCCAAAACCUUGUCUAAUCUGCCUGUGUUCAAGUGGAAAAAUAGUUUGUGAUGAAAUGACCUGCCCUAUUUUAAAAUGUGCAAGGACUAUGAUACCAACAGGAGAAUGCUGUCCAAUUUGUACUUCAAAUGAGCCAAAUGAUCCAAGUGAAACAUAUCCUGCAAUCUUGAAUAAUCAGGAUUUCAACAUAGGGCAAGAGCUACUACGGACAGAAGAGAAAGAAUUAGAAGAGGAAUUAUAUAGAAAAAAUGAAAUACAUAAAGAAAAUGAGAAAAAACAACAAGAUGACAAAAUGCAAAGUGAACUGGACGAAGCCAAUCACAAUGAAGAAUUGGAAGAUGAUGAAAUACAAAAAGCAAUUAAUAUGGAACAGAUCCACUUACAGGAAGAAAAGCAGGAAAAUAAAAAAAAGGAACAAUUUGAAAAAGAAAUAAAAAAUAAUUCAAGUACUAUGGGAGAGGAAAACCAGGGCUAUGAUAAUUAUGCAAACAAUUCUGGAGAUGAUCAAGAGGUGGAACAAGAGGGACAGCAAAAGGUGGAGGAGGAACAAGGAGAGGGACAAAAGGAAGAGCGAGAGGUGGAGGAAAAGCAAGUGAAGGAAAAAGAUGAAUUGGAGGAGGUGAAGGAGCAGCAGAAGGGUCAAGUGGAGGAAGAGCAGGAGAUGGAAGAAAAAAUAGUGGUAGUAGAAUACAAGAUGGGGAAAAAAAGGCAAGGGGAGGAGAGAGAACAGGAGAAACAAAACAUGGAACAACAGAAAGCACAAGAGGAAACCAAGGAGGAGCAAGAAAGGGAAUGGCAAGAAGAAAAGCUGGUAAAUGGAGAGAGGGCAGCAGAAGAGGAAGAGAUGGAUGGUGAGGGGGAGGCAGAGAAGGAAGGAGUGGAUGGAUAUGGGGAGGUGGAGAAGGAAUUGGUGAUUGGAGAGGGUGAGGUAGUGGAUGAAGAGGAGGAGGAGCAUGAGGAGGAGGAUUAUCAAGACAUUUUUGAUUUGUCAUCAUUUUCUACCUUAUUACAACUGAUUCCACAUCAGUCCAAUGAGGAUAGCCCAACAUUUUUUCUCCCAGUUGGCUGUGAUGCAAUUGACUUUACUAUAAACUGCAAUAAUGCAAAGCUGACUCAAAUACCUCCAUUACAUGAUCUGGAGAUCAAACACUUUCAGCUUGCAGGAAACUCAAUCACUGCUAUUCCAGCAGAAGCAUUUAAUGGGGUUCCUAAUCUGGAAUUAAUUGACCUCAGCAGAAACAGGAUUGCUUCAUCAAAUAUCCACCAAGCUGCAUUCAAAAAAUUAAAAAAACUGGAACGCCUAUACUUGGAUGGAAAUUUGUUAUCCCAGGUUCCUCCUCGACUCCCUCGAACACUAGUGGAGCUAAAAGUAAAUGAAAACCUUCUUCAACAACUGGAUGAACAAACAUUCCAUGGUUUGAGUAAAAUAGUCAAUUUGGAGCUGGAAGGAAAUAAACUCAGUGAAAGUAAUGUUCAACCCCUCGUCUUUAGACCACUUAAGCGACUCGCUUACUUGCGACUGGGAAAAAAUAAAUUCAGAACCCUACCGCAAGGUCUCCCUCCUUCCAUUGAGGAACUCUACCUUGAAGAUAAUGAAAUUGAGGAGAUAUCUGAAAUGAGUUUGAAUAGGACAACCAAUUUGAAUGUAAUUGUUCUGAGAAAUAACAAACUUGAUGAAGCCAGAAUUGCACCAAUGGCUUGGAUAAAGCUUGAAAAUCUAGAAUCCCUGGACCUCUCAUACAACAAGAUCGUUCAUGUUCCAUCAUUGCUACCCAAAGGUUUACUGUAUCUUAUAUUGGUUCAUAAUCAGAUUGAGCGAAUACCAGGCUUUGUGUUUGCCCACAUGGAACCGGGGCUGGAAAUCCUGUACCUCUCUUUCAACAAAAUCACCAAUGGUGGAAUUGACCCAGUUUCUUUCUUUGGAACUUAUGAUACAAUGAGGGAACUGUUUUUGGAUCACAAUAUGUUGAAAAGAGUUCCUGCUGGAAUUGCUGAAAUGAAAGCACUUCACUUUUUGAGACUGAAUGACAACUUAAUCAGGAAUGUCCAACUGGAUUCCAUCUGCAGUGCAAAUGAUGAAGAUGACUCAAAUAUUCGAACUCUUCACCUAGAAAACAACUACAUAAAUACACGGAGAAUUCCUCCAACUGCCUUCAGCUGCAUUGAAUUGCAUUCGACUGUGGUCUUAACACCUCAAAAGGACGUGGGAGGAAACCAGAGUACCCAGAGGAAAUGUGCACAGUCACAGUGAAAAUUCCAGACAGCAGCUGAAGACUGGAUUGAAACAGGAUCCCAGAUGCUUAGAAGCAGCAGUUCUAUUUGUUGUAUCACUGUGCCACCCCACUAAGCACUUGCAAGGAAAAUAGGGCAGGUAUUGAAUAGAUGCCGGCAAUGGAAGAGGGCUCGGUAGGAUAACACUAAAUUAACAACAUAAAUAGCAUGCAUAUUAUAAAUGCUGCUUUGGUACCAUGGCCAAGACGGAAUCGUAUUUCAGACAUUCAAGAACCACAGUGCUAAUGGGCACAGACACAUGAGGAUAAAGCAUAUUCAAGAACUGGAGAGAAAAGCAAGCUUGUAGAGUGGUUUGCAAAAAUGUUGGGCUCAGUGAUUUAAUUGUAGAUUCAGAGGAAGGAAUCAUGACACAACACAAACAGAAGUCAGAUGUAUCCAAGACACUGCUUGUAGGAACCAGAUCUUGUAAUGGAAUUUGCCAAGGACAUCUUAACAACAUUCAAUUAUUUUAUGUAACAUCCAAAACCUUGGAAAGAUAGUAAAAUAAGCAAUUGGAAUACUACCUACACUGCAAAAUCAGUUCAUUUCAAAUGAGAGAACAUAUCCUAAUUGGGGUGUACAUCAGUAUAAAAUUGUCUCUUGUUAAAGGGAAAUCUGAUGGACAGGCUCUCAACAGCCACAACCUUUAACGUGCAUUAGGGAAAUAUGAAAGGAAAGUGACAUUAAAUUUAUCUUCAUGUUUAGAGAAAUUUCUUGAUAUUGACAAGUGAGACUUGCAAUAUGGUUUCUGGUAAAGAGAAGUGCAUUUUAAAAAAAGAAAUAAUCCAUAACUUUGAGGACAGGACAGGGAUUCCCAAUUGGGGUCCACAGAUACCUUAGAUAAUGGUUGGGGUUCAUGGCAUAAAAAAGAUUGUUUUACUUUCCCAAACCCAAAUAAUAUUCUAAAAUACAGAGAGCAAUGCCAUGCAAUUCUGGGAACUGUAUGGAAAAUGCAUCUUGAGCUCCCAUUAUGGUGGCUCUUAAUAAGUCUGCACAGAUUUGAAUUAAGAGAGGUCUCUAUUCAGAAAAGAAGUUGAAAUUACUUACAAGUACGUUCUCUUAUGUUUAAGAAGCACAUGGCAAUGUUAUCUUUUUAAUAUCAGAUAAAGAACGCUAUAAUAAUACAAACACAAUAAAUAUAAACACAUAAGAUAGCUUAUAUAUAUAUAUAGAUUGAUUGUAUGUCCAUAAAGUGAUGCUAGCCACAUGAGAGACUGUACAUAAGGUGACAGGCAGGAACUGAUAAAGUAGACAUGCUAAGUCGUUCCUUUAAGUUUUAAUAAAAUUCAACUCUGUUGAAUUUUAAAGAAUCAUUACAUAAUAAAGCAUAUUUUACACAUAUAUAGUCAGUCACACAAGUUAUUUUAUAUCAUGAAAAUAUUAAGUGAAUGUUGUGUAUAAUUCUUUGCAAUAAAUUCCUUCGAAAUGAAAAUUGCACUUUUCAAUACGUAACUACAAUGAUUAGUUUGCUUUCAACAGCUGAAAAAAAAUUGAAAUAAAAACAC